GACCUGUUUAAGUUGACUUUGGAACCAGUUCGCAAUGUGCUUAUUAACUCCGGCAUUGAAAAAUCGGCUAUCGACGACAUCGUUCUCGUGGGAGGGUCUACCCGCAUUCCACGCAUCCAACAGUUGGUGAGCGAAUUUUUCGAUGGCAGAACACCGAACACUGGUAUCAACCCGGACGAGGCAGUGGCGUAUGGAGCCACGAUUCAAGCUAGCAUUCUGGCAGGAGACAUCUCCACUGGGGACAUCCUACUUCUUGAUGUCUGUCCACUGACCUUGGGCAUGGAGGUAUAUCCAAUUAAUAAUGAAAUUAUUUUUACGGAAACUGCGAUUUUUAAUAUUAGGAUUUGA